AUGUAUUUCUACUUAGACGUAGUUAUGAGUUUGUCCAAUGUCUUUGUUCGAUCAACUUUCGGCGUCGAGGUCAGACAACCAUUCAACGAGCCAUAUCUAGCGACAUCACUUCAAAAUUUAUGGGGCCGGAGGUGGAAUCUAAUAGUAUCUGAAACUUUGCACAGCACCAUCUACAAACCUAUUCGUUACAAAGUAGGGAUGCCACGGUGGGUGGCAGUGGUGACUGUGUUUGUGGUGUCGGGGCUUAUGCAUGAGCUUUUGUAUUACUAUAUCGUCAGAGCGAUUCCGACGUGGGAAUUCAUGUGGUUCUUUGUGAUUCAUGGAGUGUGCUUGGCCUUGGAGAUUGAAUUGAAGAAGGCUUACGAGAAAAGAUGGCAGCUACAAUUGGCAGCUUCUACACUAUUAACCACGACGUUUACGGCAACCACAACUCUUUGGUUUCUUUUUCCUCCAAUGUUGAGGACUUUAGCCUGA